CGUAAACACAGCAAAGCGGUAUCCAAUAUUUUUCCCUUCUGCAACUUUCUUAGAAUCCAAACGCUACCAGAAGGAAAAGGCAAUAUGUUUCUCGUAGAUUGGUUCUAUGGAAUUCUAGCGUCUCUUGGGUUAUGGCAGAAGGAGGCGAAGAUACUGUUUUUAGGGCUUGAUAAUGCUGGCAAAACCACUCUGCUUUACAUGCUUAAAGAUGAGAGAUUAGUGCAACAUCAGCCUACGCAGUACCCAACAUCGGAGGAACUGAAUAUUGGGAAGAUCAAAUUUAAGGCCUUUGAUUUGGGAGGCCAUCAGAUUGCCCGCAGAGUCUGGAAAGACUAUUACGCCAAGGUGGAUGCUGUGAUAUACCUUGUGGAUGCCAAUGACAAGGAGAGAUUUGCUGAGUCAAAAAAGGAACUGGACGCUCUGCUCUCAGAUGAGUCGCUGGCUACCGUCCCUUUUCUCAUUCUGGGAAACAAGAUUGAUCUGCCUUACGCUGCUUCGGAGGAAGAAUUGCGAUACCAUAUGGGCCUGACCAACUUCACCACAGGCAAGGGGAAGGUUAAUCUGGCGGACACAAACGUUCGUCCCCUUGAGGUCUUCAUGUGCAGCAUUGUGCGCAAGAUGGGAUAUGGAGAUGGUUUUAGGUGGCUCUCUCAAUACAUUAAGUAAGCAAACGCAAAAUAAACGAGCAGGCCAGCUAUUUACCUUGCAGAUUUCUAUGUUCUCUUCUAGUUUGUCUGUGUCUUGGGUUAAUUACUUUGUAAAGUAUAAUAUAGUCUUUGGUUAUUAGUAGUUUUUAUAUCAAUAUACAUAUUAGCUUGAAAACUUGUUUUCAAUUUUUUCGAGCUAUAUUUGUUUUGCACUGUCAACUAUGUUAAAC